AUGUUUGUUUCAGAUAAAAGAAUCUCAAUAAUAAUGUAUACUUUACUUAUUUUAAUCGCGUUGGCGGGAGUUCGAGCGGCGAACGUCAACAGGCAUAUGAAGCUUUUAGAACUCGAGAAUCACAUACAGAGUAAUGUACAGUCACAGUCAAAACGUUUUCUAACGUUAACUAGGCGGCCUUCAGACCGCAGUGCCCACACUCCCGGGACCACCCUCGAGUUGACUUGUGAAGCCAUUGGUGCCCCCGCCCCCUCAGUGCAUUGGUUCAAAAAUGACGCACCUGUAUUUGAGUACGAUAGAGAAUCGAAUGAAGUGAUAGACACAAAUCCGUCGUCCCUCGCUCGUGUUACUUCGACAUUGCUCAUAUCGCGGUCAGAAAAACCAGCAAUGUACACCUGCCUUGCUGUGGCCGGACUGAAAACUGCAAGAGCAUCCACUUUUGUUUAUACUACAGAUGGCAGCACAGAUAUCACGGAGCGGUCCAAAUUAGUUCCUCUGUCGCCGAGAAUACUAGUUUCAUACAAAGUAUUCGUGGAUACAAUAGGCAGUAAUGUAGUACUGCCGUGUCGAGUGAAGGGUCACCCGCGGCCGGUGGUCGUGUGGAGGGAUAACAAUGGCGCAGUCAUUAAUAAAAAUAGCAGGAUGAAGGUGCUUCGUUCAGGCGAGCUGGUGAUCGCUGCACUGCAGUGGAGCGACAUGGGCGAGUUCAUUUGCAAAGCCACGAACGUGUUCGGAAGUACGGAGAUUAAAACUUUCGUGUAUCCGGCGCGACCGAAUGAAUCCGACGGA